AUUGGUGGUAACAUGUUCGAUUGCGUUCCACAAGGAGAUGCCAUCUUCAUGAAGGGGGUUUUAGUUUCCUACAGCGACGAAGACUGCAAGAAGGUGUUGGAGAACUGCCACAAUGCCCUGCCGGAGAACGGGAAGUUCAUUCUUUGCGACACGGUGAUGCCGGAGGAGACCGAUGACAGCGAGCGAACUCGAAUGUUGCAGGUUUUCGAACUGCUUCCAAUGACGUUCCAUGCGGCUAAGUGUAAGAGCCGGACCGAGUCUGAGUACCGGAAGCUUUGUGAGGCAGCUGGGUUCACAAGCUUCAGGGCACUCUAUAACUUCGACCAUUUCGCCGCCCUCAAGGAGUGCCAAAAGUAGAGCUGCUUGAUUUUACUGAGCAAAUCAAGGCGCUGUGUGCACCCGUGGAUGCA